CUGGUGCUGGUGGAGGGAGGGUGUCGCUGCUCUCUACGGUGUUCUAGUGCUUACUGAAUAUAGUGUUUCCUCGGGUGUACGAAACGUGCGUGUUACGAAGGGCGAUCGAAAAGAAAAUAUUAGCCUCGUUUUAUGAGUGUUUUCGAAGCUUGUGAUUGUUAAUGUGGCGCACAGAGGUGGUUAUGGUAUAUUGUGAUGGACUGUAGGUGUCAAUACACUAGGGCAUUGGUCAAUAUAUGCUGAGCUGAGGGGAAGACAGGUCAAGACUCCCUGAGCUGAGACUACAGAUCAAUACUUCCUGAGUUGAGACCACUGAUCAAGACUCCCUGAGCUGAGACCACUGAUCAAGACUCCCUGAGCUGAGGACACCACUAAUCAAUACUCCCUGAGCUGAGGACACCACUAAUCAAUACUCCCUGAGCUGAGGACACCACUAAUCAAUACUCCCUGAGCUGAGGACACCACUGAUCAAUACUCCCUGAGCUGAGACUACAGAUCAAUACUCCCUGAGCUGAGGAGACUACUGAUCAAUACUCCCUAAGCUGAGGAGACCACUGAUCAAUACUCCCUGAGCUGAGGAGACCACUGAUCAAUACUCCCUGAGCUGAGGAGACCACUGAUCAAUACUCCCUGAGCUGAGGAGACCACUGAUCAAUACUCCCUGAGCUGAGGAGACCACUGAUCAAUACUCCCUGAGCUGAGGAGACCACUGUCCAAUACUCCCUGAGCUGAGGAGACCACUGAUCAAUACUCCCUAAGCUGAGGAGACUACUGAUCAAUACUCCAUGAGCUGAGGAGACCACUGAUCAAUACUCCUUGAGCUGAAACUACUGAUCAAUACUCCAUGAGCUGAGGAGACCACUGAUCAAUACGCCAUGAGCUGAGGAGACCACUGAUCAAUACUCCCUGAGCUGAGACCACUGAUCAAUACUCCCUGAGCUGAGACCACUGAUCAAUACUCCCUGAUCUCAGACCACUGAUCAAUACUCCCUGAGCUGAGACCACUGAUCAGUACUCCCUGAGCUGAGGACACCACUGAUCAGUACUCCCUAAGCUGAGACCACUGAUCAAUACUCCCUGAGCUGAGAGGGAGAGCAGUCACCAUCGAGGGAGUGAAAGGUGUGGGCGUGGCUGGCGGGGUGCAGUUGAGCAGGUGAGUGGGCGUGGCCUAACAGGUGCGUGUGGGCGGUGGUGUUUGGCAAGAUGAAGGAGCGUAAGAGUGAGUCUCUCUUCACCUUCCGUCGCGCCAACAACCGCUACUCGCUGCACCUGGAGAAGCCGCCCAAGAAGGAGGCGGAUGUGCAGCUGAAGCGGGCCUCCUGGUCGUCCUUCCCACUUCUCCGCUUCGCCUCCUUCGACGACAAGAGCAGCAGCAGCAGCAGCGGCGGCGGCGGCGGCCAGCUGUCUUCCAAGAGUCACAGCAUAGAGGACAUCAAGCAGCAGAAACACACACAGGUAAACACACCUAAAAUUGGGUGUAGUUUCCUCCGGGGCUCAACAGCCAGCUUCCGCAGCGCCUUCUCCAGUCCGUCGUCGUCCUCGUCGUCGUCGUCGAGCCCGAGUAUACGGAGCUCAGGGUCAAGCGGCAAGAGCUCCAUCACCAGUAUACUUGAAGGGUCGGUGUGUGAGAGCCAGUACGACUCCUGCAGCACCGUGGAGGACGCCCCUCCACACCUACCUGCCAGGGGUGGUCAUCUCCCCUCACCCCCCCGUGACCUCCCGCCACUCACCAAUGAGUUUCCGUCUGCGUCCUCAUCCCUUGAUGACAUCGACGAGGUCCGAACAUCCCCAAAAAUCCUCUACGUUCACCGGAAAACUCCCGACGUUCAGAGGAAAUCGAGAAAGCAGCUGGUCCAAGAGCUGGAAUUCGUCAAGAGGAAUGGCGCCUUGCCCGAAGACAAGGAAAUCAAAUCAGUGAAGACAGACGAAGAGAAGGAAAAUGUGCUCCCGAAGGUGCAGGAGAAACAGGCGGUGAAGUCGAGAUCAAGUUUCAGGUUCAUGCAGGGUUACAGGUUUAUGGGCAAGAACGACACAAAGACACCCAAGAUGGCGACGACCACGGCGACAGGAAGCUCCUCGGGAGAGGGUUAUCAAAGUAGGACGGACGCCUCUGAGCGCCUCUGUGAUAAUGGUAAUCUGCCGACCUGUUUCACUACAAGCUCUCCCUCUCCGCAGCACACCGCUGCGCCUCUCUCCUUCACACUCACUGACUUUAUCAACACCGGACUCGGCGGCUUCUACUUGCACAACGAAGAUCCGGGAGUCGAAGUAUAUAACAAGGAUAUAAGAGUCGACGUUCACAGCAAAAGUGUUAGUUCCGUAGUACACAGCAAGAGCGUCAGCCCCGCCCUUCACAGCAAGAGCGUCAGCCCCGCCCUUCACAGCAAGAACGUCAGCCACGACGUUCCUAACAAGGGCAUUAGCACUAAGAGAUCGAUAUUCGACCUCUACAACAAGGACUUCGAAGUGACGGAUGCUAGCUUAGGCCAGGUCGACACUGAUGGUCCUUUCGGAGUGAGAGACGCGUGUUUCCAACUGAACGACGCUGUGAACAGCGGUUUUAUUAACUCGAGACUCGGAGUGUUCAGUCCUGUGUUCGACUAUGUUGAAGCCAAAAAUUCAGAAUUGAUAGAAGCAAAUGUGGAAAGAGUGAAUGAAGGCAUUUGUCAGCUUGCAAGUGAAAACGGCGUUGCGAAUAGCACCAAUUUUGUCCUCGACGAGACAAAGUCUGGCACCAAUGUUGGGAAUUUUGGCGCUCAAUUCAUAAACUACAGCAUUACCAACACAAAUUCUGGUUCUAAUGCCACGAACCUCGACGCGAACUUGGGUGUGAUUGAAGAAACCCUCGAGGAAAGAGAGAAGGAGGAGGAGGACAGCGAGUGUGACUUGAGUGAGUACCUGAUACACACCGACGACAGCAGCAGCUUCGAGGCCCGGCUGGAGGACAAGCUAGAGGCACUAGAGGACGGCGUGGAGGCCGACAUGAGCACCAUGGAGAACCAGGAGAUCGCUCACGACGCGGCCAGUGCCCAAGGCCACCUCACUCCCCUUGUGAGAACAGAGCUCAAGCUUAACCUUGCCAAGGCUCAGAAUAAAAUGCUUAAUCAGGUGUGCAGGUCACGCCUCCUUCGUCACAUCUCGGAGGAGGCUGAGAACGUCGCCAGCGGUGGAGAGGAGGAGGUGGAGCUGAGGUCACCCUCCAGGACUCCAAGUACUCCAAGGAGUCCGGCCAUCGACAUCGACGAUGUGUUCCAGCAGAAGCAACGUGAGAUCGAGGAAGGCACUGAUGACAUGUCCAGAGUCCGGGAUCUGGCCACUAGGCUGAAGCUGGCCACGCGGCGACCAUCCUACCUGGACUGGAUAGGAGAGAUCAAGCAGCGAGGGCAGGAGAUGGGGGAGGUACUGGAGGUGCACACUCCCAGGGUUCUGGAGGAGGGGCAGAAGGAGGAGGAGGUCGAGGAAGAGCUCUCGCCUCAGAAGCGCAAGGACAACCUCCAGAGUGCCAUGGCUUGGCUCAGGAAGGAGCUGCUGGAGAUGAGACAGCAAGAUCAGCAUUUAGCGCGGCAGUUAAUGCAGCUGCGGAUUGAACUACAGCGCGUGCGGCUACUUCGGUCCUGUAACAACCACCAGGCCCUGGUCGACGAGGUCACCAACGAGGCCGAGGAAGCCAAGACUUAUGAAGCUUCUGACUGCGAACUUCCUGCUGAUCUCAGAGACACAUUUUGUCCUGUGCUUCGUGAGAUUGGCGUCACCCGGAUGAACAUCACUAGCCGGCGCUUCUCCCUCAGGUGAAGGUCAUGGUAGAUGCCGCCACACUGUGGCACUCUUGUGUUAGUUCUUGAGUGUCUUCAUCACCCUGAUACUCUACGAACAAUACCUCCUGCAUCUUUCAACCCCUGGCCCACUGUGAGCAACUCCUUGAGCAUCAUUCACAGACUGGCACUCUGUGAGUAACGCUUCAAGCAUCCUCCACGCCCUGGCACUCUACAAGCAACACCUCAAGAAUCUUCCGGACCCUGGCACUCUACAAACAACAUCUCCCACUUCCUUCACAGCCUGGCACUCUGUGAGCAAGUCCUUAAGCAUCUUCAACACCCUGGCACUCCAGGAAUCCUGCACCUCACUUCUACAAUCAACUCCAAAUUGUUCAUGACUUGGCGAGGGUAAUGGAGUAAUGGGGGUAAUCCACACUGAAUGGAGCUCGAUAAUGACCUGUUAGAGGUGAAAUGAAAAUAUGCCUCAUUCAGCAUUUUACCCGGAACAUAAAAUGGCAAGAAACUGCUACAUCUCUCAUAUAUUCCCAGCUAAACUCCGUCAUGUGUAUGUCUAACCAAACGCUUGAAACACCCAAACAAUCCCGAGUCUGUUAGCUUACAUAGUAAUCUAUGUAUAAACUUUCUUGUAUAUAAAUAAGUAAAUAAAUAGAUAAAUAUAUUUCAUAAAUCUAACGCUGUGUUUCCAACCCAAUACUCUCUUGUAAGUAUAAUCCUGGUUAUUUUUCAUUGAUAUUCGCUACUCAUUUAUAUUGCCCUAGCAAAAGAUUAUGUAAAUGGUACCUAUUUUAUAAUAUUUAUUAUAAAUGUUUAUAUAAUAAAAAUUAAUGUAAAAUUUAACAUUGUAUUUGAAAGAGAAUACAAGUCUUUUAUAGAUAAAGUAAAUACUUAAUCAUAUGUUUAAGAAAAAACUUUAAUUGGGAGACACAAGAAGAUUAACCAGGCUUAAAAUGAUAAUAAUAAUAAUAAUACUGUAUAUAAGGAAAAAUAUGUAAUGGUUGUAUUUAUAUUGAAAGUGGUAUAGAAUUGCUAUAUUUUAUAUUUGCCAGUUUUGUGGUAUUAGGACUGAUCAGUUAAUUCUCUAAUUAAUGUACUAUGGUUAAUCACUGUAAUAAUAAUUUAUAUUUAUAUAUAAAAUUCCUAUAAAAUAUAAUUCUUUUAUAAAGAAUAUUUAUAAAGAAUAUUAUUUUAUAAAGAAUACAUAAAGAAUAUAAAUUUUUAUAUAAACAAUAUCUGAGACACGAUUCAGAGGAGUAUUUAUUGAUGCAAAAUGAAGCUCAGUAUUCAUAGGUUCACAGUGUAAAUUAUAUGAAGUCACUAUAGUAAUAUGAAGUGUUUAUUUGUGUAGAAUACAUAUUGAAUGGUAUGCACAUAUACACAUUGUAUGGAGGUGUAUAAGUGUAUAAUACAAAUUCUCUGGAAAUGUAUAAGUGAAUAAUACAAAUUGUAUGGAUGUACAUUUGUGGGCACCAUCAGUGUUUUUGGUUUGGCUCAGUGUUAGCCUUAAGGCCUACCAACCUCUGGAGGGUUAUUAAGGCAACAACAACAGCUUACGUCAUAGCCCGUGCUACUUGGAACUUUUUGUUCCAAGUAGCAGAAUCUAAAACAACGAACAAACAGCUUACUGACCACCCAGCAAGUAUGUUUUUGCCCUGACCAUAGUCCAGGACUUGAGAGUAAACUUAAGUGUCCACACACCGAGAAACGAGGUACACCAUUCAGUGUACUGUGAGACUGUGACAGUACAGUGAUGGAUAGCGUAUUGUUUCUUACUGUGUAUUGCGGUGUUGGGGCGGCCACAUGUGCUCCAUUACACAUAAUCAGGUCCUUAGCCAGAUCGCCAACAGGUGCGCUGUGUAUAUGUGUAUACUGUGCAGUAAACUUUGAACACGUGAAUCUCGGAAAAUCUGUGAAAAUCGAUAUAAAAACUUUCCAACAAAAUAUAUAUCAAUUUUAUGCCUGGGUUACCCCGCCAUCAUUAUCCUCUAGUGGGAUACUAAUGAGUGUAUGUAAAUGAACAUACGUUUUCUAUGUGGACAUACAUUAUGACUAUUUAACACUUGGAUGAGGUAUAGGACAAGGUGCUGGGAUAUGAGACCAAAGAGUUGAAAUAUAAAGCCAAGGAACCGGGAUGUGAGCACGGAGUGAAAGAACGGUGCCCAUCCACGUGAAACAUCGGGGAAUUGAACACCGACCCUGCAAGAAGUCAGUAUAGCUAUAAAGCAUUUGAAGAUAUACAAGGAAAGGAGCUUCCAUAAGAGCAGAGUGAUGGAAGUUCCCACUCCUUAGAUCAUAAGGCAUCAACUGCCGUCCCUACGACAAGCAUGGUCAUCAUGUACUGGACUGGCAUUUGUAACUGAAUGGACCAUAGCCAAUGUAAAUAACAGUUGCUCCUAUGUGGUUGAAAAUAGCAGUAGAAAGUUGUAAAUUAGUGUAAAUAAUGCUGACAUUUGUGUUUUAAGUACCUUGUUGCCCGGUAACCAUUGUGAUUACUGUUACUAGUCUGUACAUAAAUGUAUAGUCUGUAUAAUACAGUAGAGCAUAAAUACAGUGUGGUGUAUUGAAUAGUUUGUGUAUGCAAGUACAUUGUACAAUUACAGUAUACGUGUGAACUUUUCAUAUGAUAGGGGCAAUAUAUAGUACUUUACACUAUUGUAUAAAAUCAUAUAUCUGGUUGUUGCACUUUUAUAUAUUUUAUUAAUUUUGUAAGGAAUUCUUUUAUAAUGAAUUUUUCUUCUAACUGUUUUAUAGAUGGCACUUAUAAAUAAAUAUUAUAUUCUAUAUAUAGGCCUACAUGUAUAACUAUAGAUACGUUUUAUAUAAAUAUUAAAAUAAUG